AUGUACAUCCCUUUUAAUUGCACACUUAGGGAGGUUACUAAAAUAGGAAAUUUCGAUAACGAACUUUUGUUUACUGUUUCGGAUGUUGUUACUCCGUUAGUGGAAUCUGUGACGUUAAAUACGCCUCAAAAUGUUCAACCAAAUUCAACUAUCGUGAUCAGUUGGUCUUUUAGUGGUGUUCAAACCACAAAUGUUGCGUUAGGGAUUCAAAAUUCACAAACGGCUGCUAUUACGUACAUAGAUACUAAUGCCGACCUCACAAAGAAAAGCGAAACUUGGAUCGUUUCUGUCGGGGCAGGAAGCUAUAAACUAUUUUUUAUGGAUGAAACUUCUAAUUCUUAUGUUUAUUCAAAUACAUUUGUUGUUUCAAAUACUGGUGGUAGUCCUAGCCCGCCCACUAAUAAUGCUUCGCCCGCUGCUACAACUUCAGAAAGCAAAGCGGAUGAUCUUAAAAAUAAAUUUUUUAUCGCUGCACCCUUUAUACUUUUAGUAAUAAUUGGUGUAGGCAUAGGUUAUUAUUUAAAAAAGAGACAUGACAGAAAUAAACAAAAUAAUCCAACUCCUUAUGAUAAUAAAACUUGCAAUAAAUGUCAUCAUAGUUCUUUACAAUACAAAUGUUCUAAUCAAUCAAGUAACAAAACUGAACCCUAUAAAACUGAACCCUGUGAAACUGGACCUUUAACACAAAAAGAAAUAUCAAAACAAUUAUAUGAGAAAAUUUUAACAUUAAAUACAAAUGAAUAUUUAGAAAAUGAUUUGUUAGGUAUAGAUUUUAAAUGUGAAUUCUUAAUUGAUACAAUGGAUGAUGAUUCAAAAAUAUUAUCCAAGACAAUUGCUGAAUUAAUAGGUGAAAGUGAUGAAUAUUAUUAUAUAUUCAAAAAUUCUUAUAAUUCAAAAAAAAAUCUGAUAAAGCAUGAAUCUAUUGAAAAGCAAAGAGAUCGAAUACCAAUUGAGCGAUUUAAUUGUAAUGGAUUAAUUAAAAUUAUUAUUAAUAUGGAACUAAAAAUUGCAUCAAUCCAUCUUCAGCAUUCUAUAAUUCAUAAACAAUCUGAGCAAUUUGGUGUAAAUGAAAAUAUUAAAGAGGAAAUUCAAAAAAAUAUACAUUUUGUUCCAAGUGAUAUUUAUCAAAUUUUAGAAUAUGAUAAUCCUAAUUUAACACAAAAACAAGUACAUGCUUGA